AUACGUCGUCAAAUCCCUCGGCACCAAACACGGCAUCACGCCGACCUUCAUGGCCAAGCCGCGCGAAGGCCUCCCCGGCAACAGCGGGCACAUGCACAUCUCCCUCGUCUCGCCAGACGGAACCAACGCCUUCCACCGCUCGACUCCCGACCCGUCCCCACCGUACCCGGACGUCGCCCACCUCUCGGACCUGGGCCGGCACUUCCUGGCGGGGAUCCUGGACGGGCUGCCGGACAUCAUGCCGCUGUUCGCGCCGACGGUGAACUCGUACAAGCGGCUGGUCGAGAACUUCUGGGCGCCAGUGACCGUCUCGUGGGGGCUGGAGCACCGCGCGGCGUCGGUCCGGGUGAUCGCGCCGCCGACGGCCAGCCCCAAGGCGACGCGGCUGGAGGUGCGCGUGCCGGGCGCCGACGCCAACCCGCACUUCGUGCUGGCGGCCAUCGUCGCGCUGGGGUGGCGCGGCGUCGCGCGCAAGCUGGCCCUCCCCGUGCCGCCGCUGUCCAAGGGGGAGGAGAUGGGCGGCGCGAGUGAUAAGGGCGUGCGGCUGGCCAAGUCGCUGCGCGAGGCGGUGGGCGCGUUCCUGCGCGAGGGUAGUGUCGCGCGCGAGGUGUUCGGGGAUGCGUUCGUGGAGCACUUUGGCGGGACGCGCGAGCAUGAGUGUCGGCUGUGGGAGGAGGCGGUGACUGAUUGGGAGGUGAGGCGGUAUAUCGAGACGGUUUGA